CUUAUUUUCUUUUCUUCUUUUCUUCUAUAGUUUAUAAUAUUUGGCAAAGACAGACUCUGUCUGAAGAAAGCUAAAGAGUUUAAAGACUUGUGAUGAUUCUUAGCAAAAGAAGCUGUGUCGUCUUUGGAGACUUCUGAAGUGAGAGAGAGAUAAAGAAAGAGAGAGAGAGACAUGGUGGGCUCAGGAGUUGGAGGAGGAGAUAGAAGCAAAGAUGCUGUAGGAAUGAUGGCACUUCAUGAAGCACUUAGAAGCGUCUGUCUUAACUCCGACUGGAUUUACUCUGUUUUCUGGACCAUUCGUCCCCGACCGAGGGUCCGUGGUGGUAAUGGCUGCAAGAUUGGUGAUGAAAGUGGCAGCUUGAUGUUGAUGUGGGAAGAUGGUUUCUGCGGAGGAGGAAGAAGUGGUGAGGAUCUUUGUGUGGAACCAGACAUUGAAGGUGAAGAUCUUGUCAGAAAAGCUUUCAGCAAGAUGUCCAUUCAGUUAUAUAAUUAUGGAGAAGGAUUGAUGGGUAAAGUUGCUUCUGAUAAAUGUCACAAGUGGGUUUUCAAAGAACCAUCUGAAUCUGAACCAAAUCUUGCUAAUUACUGGCAGAGUUCUUUUGAUGCUCUUCCUCCAGAAUGGACCGACCAAUUCGAAUCAGGCAUCCAGACAAUUGCUGUGAUUCAAGCUGGACAUGCUCUGUUACAGUUAGGGUCUUGCAAGAUUAUUCCAGAGGACCUUCAUUUUGUGCUGAGGAUGAGGCAAAUGUUUGAAUCAAUUGGUUACAGAUCAGGUUUUUACCUCUCGCAGCUCUUCUCUUCAAACCGAAGCGCGACUCCAUCUUCUUCGACGGUUCCAAACCAGUUACCUCAGUCUCAAGCUUUUAACUGGGGAUCACACUCUUCAUUGUUACCUUCCCCUAGCUUUCAGAACCAACUACCGGCAGCAUCAGCCCGAUUCGGUUUCCUUCAAGAUAGCAAUGCACCUCCUCCUCAGAUGCUUCCUCCAAUGGAAGAACACGAAGACGACAUCAAAUGGCCCAAUGGUUUGUCUCUGUUCAAUGCCUUGACUGGCCGUGCAGACGAAGCUAGUAGGCUUUUGUUUAACCAGGAGCAGCAGAACCCGAUGACUGUCGAGAACCAGAAUGAGUUCUUGAACCUUGAAGGUCAUCAUCAUCAUCCUAACAAGUUUAGAAGAAGCUAUACGUUGCCAGCAAGAAUGGAUUCUUCGUCAUCAUCAACCUCGCUAGAUCAGCAACCACCAGUGGAGUUUAGGAACAAUAACUCCGGAAGCAACUCAGGUUUGUUCCCUGACCUUAUGGAGACGUUCUUGAGAUGAUUGACAAGUUCAAGAUUAAAAAAGCUUUGGAUACUAGUUUUUAGCUUAUGGUUUCUAUAAAUACAUGAACUCUGUUCGUUGUUUCUUCCUUCUUCUUCUUGUUGUUGUUGUUGUACCAUAUUGUCUGAUUGUUUUUGCUUUUAUGUCAAGAACUCUUUAAGCAUUUGAAGAUACUUUAAAAGCACAUUAUUGA